CAGCUUUUCCAUCCUCUGUGCUGCAGUCAAAGUAACCAUGAAAGAAGAAAUUGCCGCCACGGUUGUGUUCCUCACAAUGCUGGUGAAAAAGCACAAGCAGCUGAGCAAGCAGAAAAUUGAAAAAUUUGCAGCUAAAUUAACCACUAUAUUAUUUGCUAAAUAUAAGACUCAUUGGUAUGCGGAGAAUCCAACAAAAGGACAAGCAUUCCGAUGUAUAAGAAUUAACCAAUGCCAAGCUGUAGAUGCAGUACUGGAGAAAGCUUGUGCUGAAAGUAAUGUGGACUUCAAUGACCUUGGCCUGCCAAAGGAGAUGACUAUAUGGGUUGAUCCAUUUGAAGUAUGCUGCAGGUAUGGGGAGAAAAAUGAUCCCUUUACAAUUGCAAACUUCAAAGGAAAAGAUGACUGCAAUGUACCUAAACGAAUUAGCAAUGCUGUUGAGAAGGCAACAUCGGAUUAUCAUUCUGGUACCUCUUCUGAUGAAGAACCGACUAACAAAGAGCCAAAGACUAUUCCUAAAGUUAGCAAUCCCAACAGCAUUUACCAGUGUGCAGACUAUACUCAAACCAUUCCACCGUGGUCCCAAUAUCCUCGGAGAAAGCAUUAUCCAAAUGAUGGGUAUCAGCAUCAGUCCAUGCCUUAUUAUCCUCCGCAAAAAUCCUACAAAGCCUUCAGACAGUCUUCUGCUUUUUCAGGCCCUCGUGUUGAUAGAUACCACUGGGUGAAUAUGAAACGAUGAUAGCCAUAUCAUAGCACUUAAAGUAUCAUUCUUUGUUUUAAAACAUGAAAUGUUUUUAUGGAACUUUUUAAAUUAUUUUAUGUGUUUGUCAUGCUCCAAACUAUCCAAAGGCUAUUUUAAAAAAAAUUAAUAAAUUAACUAGUUUUAUAA